CGCCACCAUGCCUAGGAAAGCGGGGCAUGGGCAGCUCCCCUUACCCGAAGGCUGGGAGGAGGCGCGGGAUUACGACGGGAAGGUCUUCUACGUCGACCACAACGCCAAGCAGACCAGCUGGAUCGACCCCCGGGACAGGUUAACAAAGCCAUUAUCCUUUGCAGACUGUGUGGGAGAUGAGCUACCAUGGGGAUGGGAAGCUGCAUACGACCCUCAGAUUGGUGUCUACUAUAUCGACCACAUAAACCAAACUACACAGAUAGAAGAUCCGAGAAAACAAUGGAGACAAGAGCAAGAGAAAAUGUUAAAAGAUUAUCUUACAGUAGCACAAGACGCCCUAAGCACUCAAAAAGAACUGUAUCAUGUGAAAGAACAGAGACUGGCACUUGCUUUGGAUGAGUACGUGAGGUUGAAUGAUGCCUACAAGGAGAAGUCAAGCUCCCAUACAAGCUUAUUCUCAAGCUCCUCUUCUAGCACUAAGUAUGACCCUGACAUUCUGAAGGCGGAAAUCUCCACUACAAGAUUAAGGGUUAAAAAGCUGAAGAGGGAACUCUCACAGAUGAAGCAAGAAUUGCUGUAUAAAGAGCAAGGCUUUGAAACGCUGCAACAAAUUGACCAAAAAAUGUCUGGAGGCCAGAGUGGGUAUGAACUAAGUGAAGCCAAAGCCAUUGUGAAUGAGCUGAAGUCUAUCAGAAAGGCCAUAAGCUCAGGCGAGAAAGAGAAGCAGGAUUUAAUGCAGAGUCUUGCAAAGCUGAGAGGAAGAUUCCUGUUUGACCAAACUAUUGGCAGAUCUGAACCAGAUCUGAGUCGCAGCCCAGCGCACUCUCAGCUCUCCCUUUCUAGGCAGACUUUGGAUGCAGGUUCACAGACAGACAUUUCUGGCGAUGUUGGCAUCAGAAAUAAGUCCAAUUUAGCUGAAAAGGUCAGGCUGAGUCUUCAAUAUGAAGAAGCCAAAAGAAGCAUGGCCAACCUAAAGAUUGAACUGUCUAAGUUAGAAAGUGAAACUUGGCCUGGGGCCCUGGACAUUGAGAAGGAAAAGCUGAUGCUGAUUAAUGAAAAGGAAGAGCUUCUAAAAGAACUUCAAUUUGUCACCCCAUGUAAACGCACUCAAGAUGAAUUGGAACAUCUGGAAACAGAAAGGAAAAGGCUGGAAGAGGAGCUGUCUGUGAAAAGCACACCUACUGAUGCCCUUACAGAACGGUUAAAACUGGAAGAAAGAAGGAAGACCUUGGUUAAAAAACUUGAAGAAACCACUAAACUAACUACUUAUUUGCAUUUGCAGCUUAAAAGUCUUUCUGCCAGUACAUUGUCUGUAUCUUCCGGGAGCAGUCUGGGGUCCCUGGCGUCCAGUCGCGGGUCUCUGAACACAUCUAGCAGGGGAUCACUGAAUUCCCUUAGCUCAACAGACCUGUAUUAUAACCAAGGCGAUCAAACCUCAGAUUUGGACUAUCAGUUUAAACUGGACUUCAUAUUGCAAGAGAAAUGUGGUUACGUUCCAUCAGGCCCUAUCACUACAAUACAUGAAAACGAGGUGGUCAACUCCCACGGGAGAACGGGUUAUAGUGAUUCUUCGGGCUCUUCGGCAGCAAGCUACGCCCCCAAAUUAACGGAACCUCCAAAAUCAGUGACAUCCUUGUCUUCAAGAUCCUCCCUUUCCUCCUUGUCCCCUCCUGGAUCACCUUUGGUUUUGGAAGGUGCCUUCUCAGUGCCACCUCAAGACUCUCCAUUGCACCACCUCACUGCAGACUUUGAGGACUGCGAUUUGCCGAGUGAUUUCGCGGGCCUUAGCCUCUGUGAGAACCAAAUGUUGUUGGACUCCGAAACCAGGACAUCUCAGUCUCUUACAGAUGAUAAAGACCUUAGUGAAAACGCUAGACAGACCGCAUCACCUUCAAGAAGUGCAGGUGUUGACUUACCAAGAAGAACAGUAGGUCACCUGCUUGAGGAGAAGGCGGGGUGUGUAUCGGCUGCAGUGUCCGAUGAGUCCGUGGCUGGAGAUAGUGGUGUAUACGAAGCAUCUGUAAAACAAACAAAUGACAGUGAAGAGGCUGCGUAUUGUGAAGAUGAUGCCACAAUUCUAGAAACUGCUCAAGUACAGAUAGGGCUCAGAUACGAUACGAACAGUUCAAGUUUUGUGAUUAUUGUGGUGCAGUUACAAAACCUGGGUUCCCUUUCUGUAUCCCCUGGCUCCAAAGUGUAUUUUAGAGUUGCAGUCCUCCCUUCUUCAGCUGACAUCAGCUGUCUGUUCCGCACAAAAGUCCAUCCUGCUGCUGAAACUCUUGUGUUUAGUGAGAUGUUCAGAGUUGCCAUUUCCCAAGCAUCUUUGCAUCAGAAGACUUUGAGAGUGGAUAUUUGCUCAGUCAGUAAGACUUGUCGAGAAGAAUGCCUGGCUGGAACUCAGAUAAGUCUGGCAGAUUUGUCAUUUUCAAAUGAGACUUCUACUCUGUGGUAUAACUUGCUGGCUUGUAAGCAGGUUCCUGGCAAAAAGAACAAGGAGCCAAAGGAGGAUCCUGUAUUUUUUCCAGACAGUCAGUUAUCAGGCAACUUGGACUUGGAUGCUGUGUCAGCAUUGCUAGAAAGAACUUCAGCCGAGCUGGAAGCAGUAGAGCAAGAGCUGGCGGAAGAAGAGGAAGAAGAGGAGGAAGAGAAGGAAGUGCAGGAGUCUCAGAGCGCUGAGCAAGAAUGGCUAGGAAUCCUAGCAGAGAUAUCCAGCAAGACUGCGACCGAAGAAGAGGACCACGUGAAAGGAACAGAGGGAGGUGCCUGUGCAGAAGAUGACAGCUUCUGCUCCCAGUUGGGACAAGCGAAUGAAGUCAAGGAAGAAGAAGAUGGCCGCCCUGCAGAUGUGUGUUGCAACGAGCUAGCGACAGUAUCGCCCACGCUGGUUGACAAAGAAACUAACACAGAGGAUAAGAGUGAGCGCGUGGUUGUCCGGCCCAAGGACAGAGCCAGCCUGAAGUCUCAGCAGCAGCAUCCCUUUGUCAGGAACAGCAUGAUCGUCCGCUCACAAACCUUCUCUCCAGGAGAGCGGAACCAGUACAUCUGUAGGCUGAAUCGGAGUGACAGUGACAGCUCAACAUUGGCCAAAAAGUCCCUCUUUGUGAGAAAUGCCACAGAACGGCGGAGCUUGAGAAUCAAAAGGCCUGCUUGUCAGCCUAACAUGCGAAGAGCAACACAAGAAUGCCCUGUCCGUACCUCCCUCGACUUGGAGCUGGAUCUCCAGGCUUCUCGGACUCGACAGAGCCGCCUAAACGAUGAACUGGAAACACUGCGUGAACUUAAACUGAAGCUUGAGGAGAUGAAAGCGAGAGGGGAGACAGAGCUUCCUCCGUGUGUGCUGGAGGAUGAAAGAUUCCAGAAGAUCUUGAAACAAGCUGAAAAGCAGGCUGAACAAUCAAAGGAGGAAAAAAAACGGGGCUUAAGUGCUGAAAAAUUGAUGAGGAAAGCUUCGAAGGAUGUAUGCCGAUUGCGAGAGCAGAGCCAGAAGGUGCCGCUACAAGUGCAAUCAUUUCGGGAGAAGAUUGCAUACUUUACAAGAGCAAAAAUCAGCAUACCUUCGCUACCGGCUGAUGAUGUCUAACAGUUCCCCCGCCCCCAUCUCCACAAGGUGUUUU